GCCUAGGAAGGCACGUACCGUGACUGAAACUAAUAUUGCAUCGACCAUCAGUUGCUACUUUCCCACCCCUCCCCCGUCUGUGGUGACAAUCCUCAUAUAGCAUCUGUAGGUCCGGCCCAGUCCGAUGUCAUCUCCUCCCACCAUUCUUUCUGCACCCUGAUCAUGGCCGUCUGUUCCCCACCUCGGGGCGAUGUCCUUCCUCUCGAUACCAGCUUUGCAACCACUUCUCAGAUGCUCCCAUCUCCCUUUCUCUCUCCUCAAUCGACGUCACCUCUCAGAGACGCAAACAGCGAAGUCGGCAGUCCUGCCUUGCCAUUCUCUUCAACAGUAGUGGGCGGGAGACGCAGGAGCAGCGUUGUUCGACCUCUCACACCAUCCAAGGCGUCGCUUCCUUCAACGCGCGAAGUGCCGGAAGAAGCAGUAGAGUCAUCGGAUCAACCCUCGAUGAGCUUCACCGUUGCCCCCGUCCAAUAUCGUACUCGCAAAGUCCGCGCAGCAGAGCUCGGCCAGGAGGGAGAAGCUCGAGACACCAGCGACUACGAGACGGACGAGGCCGGUGUCGCCUCUUCGCGCUCCUCGAUGGUCGACUUUGCCCCUGGUAGGGGACCGCUCUUGCUCAACGACACCCCACGCCGUCGAAGCAGCGAUGUAUCCUCGCAGAAUCGGAUGGCGCUGGAGCCCUCGUAUGUCUCUUCUCACUACACGGAUUCGGAUGAUGAGGAGACAAUCCAGAAGCUCUCCCGCAAGCCUGACAACACGCUGCGCAACAAGCACUCUUCUCUUCCUGGAAGCCAAAGUCAGGCGUCCUUUGCCGACACCACCCUCAAUGCUCCAGUAGGCCAUACAGCAGGGUCUUCGUCGAACCAGACGUCACCGCCGGCUCCAGCUGCUGUUCAGCCAACGGUCAAGACUCCUGCGGUACGGGAAGCACCUCCAGCUGAACCUCUCGACUCGACUGCUUUGAGGCAAAGAGUGGAAGAGUUGCAGCGCAAGAUUACCGGCGGACAGAGAGAUGCUUCUCACCGACCCAAUCCGGUCUCCGGGAGAGACAGCGCAGCCUCUACUUCUGCAACCGCUUCCUCAGACGUAGCCGAUCUUGCUCAGCGAGUCUUGGCAUUGGAAGUCUUUCUUCGCAAAGCCACUGCUGCCCUACCCCCGCUCCCCGCCUCUGCCUCACUAUCCCCUACAAAGUCGCAAUCAUCCGCACGUUCCGUCCGAAAGACCCAAGACUCCUCCUCCUCCUCUCGCCGCCCGACAGUGCAUCGUUUGAGGAGCUUCACACAUAGCGAUGGUACGCCUAGAGUCUCAUCUGACGUGUACAGCUCCAAACAAGGUUCGACAUCCUCUAGCACCAUCACUGCUCUUUCUCCGCAUCAACCAUCAUCUUGCGCCAGCUCUUCAUACGCUAUGAGCACUCGGACUCUCUCCCAAUCGUCCUUUGCGUCUUCCAUGUAUACGAAUGGUACUCGAACCACUCACACGGCUGCGACGAGCGUUCGUGAAGGCAGCGGAAGCGAUGGCGAUGGUGAAGAUGAAAAGUAUACCUCGUCCUCCGAUCGUUUGCGUGUUCCACCUGGUCAGCACGUCCAACGUCAGUCGCGACCAGGUUCCACCAGGCUCCCAUCCUCGGAUUCGUCUAGCGUGUCAUCUCGUCGCGUCAUCAUUCUCAACGGCAACACCGAAAUCAUGAUGGACGAGCAAGAUCGACUCUAUGUCCGCUGGGCAGGCGACUUUGUUCCUCUAGUGGACUUCUUCUCUUCCCCCGCUGCGCCCAUGACUGGACGCCCGUCUCUCCCGCCUCUGCAGGCCACUCGAUCCCUGCCCAGCGGGGCAUCCGCUCCCGUCUCUUCGGCCGCCUCGGUACGUUCCACGCACUCCUCAGGAUCUACAGAGUCCGGCCCUGCCUCGCUCCGAAGCGUCGCCCCUUCGAAUCUCACACACAAUUCCGCCCCCGGCGAGCUAGGCCAUGGUUCUGGUUCAGGAGGACUGCACUCCCGCUCCUUGGCCGGCUUCUCAAUGGCUCUCCCCACCAAGUCUACAGCGGAACGUCGACAGGCCAUUCUGGAGCAGGAAGAAAAGAUUCGACAGGAGAACGCAAGAAAGGGAAUGACGUCUACUCCGAAGAUGAGGGUCGGGCCGGGCAGGGGUAGGAUGAUUGUCAAAGCACCGAAGCCGCCCAAGGCGGCCAAGUAGACAUUCGAUGCCUACAUUUCGUUGGCGAGUCUUGUGUGAGAGAAUCAUUUCCUUGUAGAUCAUGUCUCGUAUACCUGCUAGCACAGUCUAGUCCCGUCACCUUGUUGUAAUACAAUUUAGAGUUGCUCCACAUGUACACCCUCGCCGCAUUGAUGAGUAGAGACCGUCCCUUCGAAUUGGGUGACAUCAUUACCGAACCCUCCGUGCUACUCCGCCAUACC